GAAUAUGAAUAUUUUGACAGUAGUGGAGAAAAAAACGAGCGAUCGUCACGAGCUAAAGGUCAGCCAAUCAGGUGAGCGGAAACUAAGGACUGCGGUGAUCUGGUUGAGACAUGACAAGUGCGGCCGGCUGGACCUCAACUCAGCACAAGAUGGUGUUUUAGGCACACCGUACAAUUCAUUCCAAACUGUUUCACCACUGACCCUCAUCCAUGGGAACCCGUGCCUCGGUGGACUGACAUCAAGCAGGAGGCGUUAUGAACAGCAGCAGAAUGCUAAUGUUUGCUAUGUCCGUUGGUGAUGAAUGGGGCUGGACGGGCAGCGUGUAGUCUGACGCGUCUUCACCGCAGGCCAAACGAGUCUGUCGGCUGAGCCCGGAGCACCACAACACGCAGGUGGGGACCAAGAAAGACAACGCAGUAUUGUGAGAAAACAAAAAUAAGCGAGUUUUCGGGUACAAACAAGCCCUCUCUCCGACCUGCUUCACAUUCAGUAUUUAUGUUGAAGUGAGACACAACCGGCCUUCAAAGUGGAAACAAGAAGAAGAGCAAAGAUGAAUGCUGUGCGUGGGGGCACAGUCACAUGGCGCCCCCAGCCAUGGCAGGACGGGGACGGAGGAGGAGGAGAACCUCUGUCCGACAGCGAUUCAGAGGAGGAGGACUUCCCGGAUGACAGCACCACUCCAUUGGGGGACUACAUCACCCAUGGGUUGAAGCAGCUCCUGGAUGCUCAGCAGCUGUGUGAUGUGACCCUGCUUGUUGAGGGAAAGAAGUUCAUGUGCCACAGGGUGCUGCUAGCAGCUGUGAGCCCAUACUUCCGGGCCAUGUUCACCAGUCCUCUAGUGGAGUCGCGCCUCACAGAGAUCCGACUGGAAGAAGUGACACCAUCUGUCAUGGAGACCAUCAUCCAGUUUGUGUACACUGGAGAGGCAGGGCUCUCUCUGGAAACUGCUGAGGAUCUAUUUGUGGCCGCCAAUCGCCUUCAGGUCAUGCCUCUGCAGGACCUGUGCUCCAGAUUUCUGUUUGAGCACCUCUCAGUGGACAACUGUCUGGGGAUGUACUCUCUAGCUCGUUCUCACCAUGACCAGCUGCUUCUGCGUGCCUCCCUCAGGCUGGUGGCCCAACACUUUCCUCAGGUGUCCCGUCAUAAGGACUUCCUCCUGCUUGAUCACGGCACCUUAGGCAGCCUCCUGAGCUCCGACCGCUUGGGGGUAGAAUCUGAGGCGGAGGUCUACGACGCUGCACGCCGAUGGGCUGAGCACAAACCGUUGGAUCGCUACGCCCACAUGCCAACUCUGCUUCACCACCUGCGUCCUGGGCUGCUGUCGCAGGAGGAGAGUCGGAGACUGAGCCAGGAGUUGGGUCCCGCUGCAGCCAGUGAGGGUCCCGGGGGGCCUCUACGUCCGAGGGAGGGGAUGUUCGAGAAGAAAAUAGUGUGUGUGGACCUGUCGCCAAGAGAAGAUGAGAAUUUAGUUGCACGAGACUACACCGUGGACUGCUUUGAUCCGCGGACAGGGAAGUGGGAGAAGCUGGCGGCAUUAGACUCACUGGUGAGUCCUGGCUGCACGGCUGUAGGCGACAGACUGUUUGUGGCUGGAGGGAUUCUGGGGACAGGCUCGGUGUCUGCUGCUGUUCAUGAAUACGAUGCUGUUCUCAAUCGCUGGAUAGAGCGUCCUGCAAUGGGCCUACCCCGGUGUAUGUUGGGCCUACUGGGCUGUGGCGAGCUGCUGUACGCCUUGGGGGGCAGCAAUCGAUCAGCACUUUUGGACUCUAGUGAGAUGCUGGAGCUGGCGACACUUAAGUGGGCACCAGGUCCUCGGUUACCAGUCCCCCUGCGUGCUUUCGCCUGUGCAGCCCUGCGGGGUCGACUCUACCUUUUAGGUGGAACCACGCUUGAACAAAACCGUGCCGUGGUCCACUCGGGGGUUCUUAUUUAUCACACCCUGACAGACUGCUGGACUCGUGUGGCUCUGGACUCUGGCGCCACAUGCCUUGCUGGCGGUGUAGCGGUGCGAGGAGGAGUCUGUGCCAUCGGGGGCUACAUUAGGGAUACCACAAAGUUCCUAGAUGGAAACUACACUAAUCUGGAGACUUUAGACGCUACUGGCCGUGUGCUGUUUUUCCGGGAGGGCAGGGCGUUUGGUGUGGAGCGGGAGGUGACUGGGGGAGGGGUGACAGUCUCUGCAGAACAGCGAGGGGGUUCAGGUGGGGGCAGCGACAGAGCUCCGAGCCCUGUGGUUUUCCCAGGCCUGCCACGGCGGAUUGCAGCCGGGGGGGUGGCUCGGUGGAAACGGAGGAUUUAUGUUUUGGGCGGGGAAAAUGGCGCCCGAUUUUAUGACAGCGUGUACUGUUGGAAACCUGGCUGGCGCAGCUGGGUGCAGAGACGUGAGAAACUCCCUGGAGAAACGGGUGGGGUCAGUCAGUUUGGGUGCACCACUCUCAAGUUCCCCAAGAAGCACAUCCUGUCCAGACUGAGACGAGCCAAAGAAAGCUGUGUUCUGGAUGAGUAGCUUGAAUGGAACCACAGAGAUGAGCUUCACCUUGGGCUUGCAUUUCCACACCACACCAUAACUGCAGACACGUUGAGGUUUGUUCCAGCGGGUCAAGAUGGAGGUCUGAAUUUAACCGAAUGCGCCUGAAUGUGCUCUCGUCCUGUGUGGCUCUCGGCAAUGAAGUCAUUCGGUAGAAGCUUUUGUUUUAUUCUUUAAGUUUGUAUAAAACUUGCACCUUCAGCUGGACAAGUCUGUUGGAAGCCUUUGAGAAACUUGAAUAGCUGUGGCAAAAUUUUGGUGGUACUGUUGUUGAUACACUAAUCUAAUAUAUACAAUAUUUUCUAUAUGAACAAACAACACCUGAAGGGCUUCACCGCAUUAAAGCUGCUGUGUGUCACAGAAAUGCGGCUGCCAAGAGGGCGCUAACUUCCAAACACACUGCAAGCAUAUCCCGCCCUCUCCCUGUUUUCAGCAUGUCAGCUACGCUGUAUGUAACACGUCAGCUCAUGAUAGCUAUUUGACAAAGUUUAGCAUUGUUGAGCGCUUCUCUGGGACUGCUUGUGUGUGUCCGUGUGCACAUGCGAUGGACAUACAGAUGAAUACCAGACGGCUGUUGAGCUGACCAGUUAUCUUAUUCAGGCCAAACGGCAAUUUACACCAAUUUUUAUUGAUUAUAAUUGUGAAAAAUAUAUACUUUUUUUAUAUAUAACAUUCUAGCUAGUGGUGGUGGGCUUAUAUUUUUUGGUUGGAAAAAAUAAAUGUAAUCUUGAGCGGGUGACAUACAGCAGCUUUAAUGGUUCUUACUUUAUUCCAGUCCUCCACGAUUCAAACUGUCCCGCCUUUUAUGGUCCAACGAGUUCAUUCAGUGUCGCAGGACCUGUGAUGGUAAAUAUGAUGUGAAGUAUUCCCUUUGCAGUUUAAUUUUUCAUGAUGUUUGUGUCAAUUUUUUUUAAUUUGGCAGGUCAGGCUUAUCAUUUUAUUUUAUUUUUUUAUUCAACUGCAACUGGCCCAGUGUGUGGCAGUGUGACCCCCUUAAUUACACCAACAGUUAGCCAAAAAGGAUGUAGUUAUUUGGUUCAAAUAGACCAAUCACAUUAGCUGGCUUGAUGACUAGCCAUUAAGCCUUGCAUUGCUUAAAUAGAACCUUCCUCGUCUAAUUACAGCAAUAGCUCAUGUGUCAGGUAUGUGUUCUACAUGUUUUAUCUGCUGGAAGUCACGUUUCAGAAGCUACCACUCCGAGGCGUAAAGUGUGUGUUUUUAUGAACUUUUCAAGCUUGGGACAUUUGAAUGUAAACUGCUUCAUCAUAAUCACACGAUUGCACCUUUUUUGUUUUCAAGGCUUUUGUAGUUUUUGCUGCAGGGCCCAUAAGUGCAGUCAGACAACACAGUAGGUUAAAUGUGAGAUACUGUUAAGCCUAAAAGUAUUCAUACUGCGACCACACUCGAGCUGGAAACGGCACGUGAAAAUGGCAAAAAACACGAGUGGGAGGAUCCGUUUGACAAACCGUCAUGUCAAUGCAGGCGCAUGCAGUGGUGGGAAAACGUGUUGGACCCCUUCCUGAUUUCGUAGCAUGUUUGUCACAUUAAAAUGUUUCAGUUCAUCAAACAAACGUACAUUUUAGCCAAUGACAACACAAAACGUACUUUUUAUAUUAAACUUAAGGGAGAAAAAAAAUCACAUGACAAAGAUGCAAAAUAAGAAAUCAGGAAGGGGGCAAACACUUUUUUCCCACACCCAGAAUGCUCCACUAGGACCUCUCGGUGUGGAGUUUGCAUGUUGUCACAUGCUUGCUUGGGUUUACUCUGCUUCCCUCCCAAUCCCUAAAAAGUGACUAACGGCUAAGCAGCCCAGGGCGUAUGCCACUUUUCACCCUCUCACCUGUGAACCUGAAUGGGAAAAAGUGGUAGAAGAUAGAUGCAUACAAUAAUGUAAGAAUUUACGAGGAUUCAUCAGACUGGUGCAAAAGAUUGUUUCCUCAAAAUUGUGAGGGCUAUGAGCCAUUUUCAGAAUGUGCUGGUGAAUAGUUUUCGUUAAUAUCUCUAACACAACUUUUAAAAAUGUUAAAAUGCCACUUUCUCAUGUCUUUUCCAGCCAAAAGAUACCCAUUUAACCAAUAAAAUGUCAUCAAUUUGUUAGCUAUCAUGACUUACAGUAACUCAAAUGAAAAGACAAUAUUUACAUUUACUGGCCACAACAUGAGGUAGGGCACAAAUCUAUGAAGGUAAUUAGUCAGAAGUGAGCAUUAUUACCUUUUUGGUAAGGCAAAGCUUUUAAAGUUCAGAUUGUGCAGGUGUAACAAAACGUGGCUAGUGAGUGUAUUUACUCACAAUGUAGCUGAGGGACGUUUUUUAGCAGUUUUUUUUUUGUAGAGCUGUAGCGCCAUGCUCUUUCACUAUUUUUUUUUUAUAAAAGUCUAGGAGUUUCAGGCUGGAUUUUUUCACCUUUUAGACUUGCAGUGUGGUCUGUGUGGUUCAAAGAUCCACUUUUUCACAAAUUGAUGUCAUGCCAUUUUGAAUUGAAGUGUGUAAAUGCAGUUGUUUUCUCUGUGUGUAUUUUGGUUGAUGUGUGUUUAUAAAAUGUGCAAGUUUUCUAUGCCGAGGGGUAAAUCUGCUUAACACAAGCUCUUUGCACCGCAUACAUCCACAAAGAAAGCUCUUUUGUACCAUCAAUAAAGUUUGUGAACUGCACUAGGAUGAAAUGAAAUGACCUGUUUGCUGGCAUGUUUUGGCUAGUCUUUGCACAAGUUGUUUAUAGGGGAUUAAUUUGGGGGUACAGUCAGUAUUUGUCCCUGCACAAUAGCAAACUACAUGCUGUUUGACACAAUAGAUGAUCACUAUGUGUGUUCUUUGAGCAUCAAAUGCACUAAUGCAGAAUGUUUCGUUUCCUCAACAAUUAGGAACGUCAUUUGGAUUUUUGCCCUUGUAUGCCACUACAAUAGAUUCAAAAUAAAACUUGUUACAGCUUCGCAUUUCAUGAGAUUUUGCAUAAAAUUAAAAUAUAUAUUAUGUAUCUUUUCAAGAGCUCAACAGUUCUCACCCUUACGUAAGACAGAAACGAAGGCAGCAACACCCACAAACAAGCAGCACGUGAAGGCGUCUGUAAAGAAGGCUUAUCCAAGCAGGGAACUCCAAAUCGAUCGAUGCUAAAUUGUGCACCUGAGGGCUUUGACUUUAGCCGCACUUAAUUGCAAUCUCCCACCGUCACCCAACGAGCAGUCAAGGCUAAACCAACUCAUUGACUCUCAAGUCCUCUUAUUUUUGUAGUGAAAUAACAUGUUUGACACUCUUGGUCUGCGAUAUAAUGGAUAUAAUCUCAUAUGAAGAAUUACAUGUUUUAUUUUUGAGCAAUUACUGUUGUUACUUACUUUUUUACCGUAUAAUUAACCUGCGCCAGCGGUGAAGUGACCCGCCAUACUGUUUGUUUUGGUUACGUGGUGGACUUUUGAGGACGUCCGAGCAGCUUGGGGGCGCGAGUAUCCCGCCUGUAGAGGGCGCCCGCCGUCUGGCACAUCAUGACUUGAUGAGCGCAGAACACAAUGUCCCCCUCCUCCUCGCAGCGGCCCCAAGAGAAUGCCGCCCGGGGCAAUUGCCCAUAUGGCCCAUAUCUCGAACCGCCACUGUCUCCUCAAAACCUGGGGGCUCCUGAGUCCCGCUCCACUUCCUCCCCUACCUUUCACUCAAAACAUGCCAGAUUUAAAAAAAUGGAACCUGAAGCUGAAAACCCUAAACUUUUAAAUGUCUGUAGUUGACUGUUCAAUUCAACAUUUUACAAUUCCAUACUUGCUUCCGUAUGACAUGCAACUUUUUCUACAAUGUCAAGUUGUUUUUUUUCCCGUACCGAAACUUAAUGUCAACGUUGCGGCUCCACGGUGUGCACUGUUUUAUUUCUAAGAGGGUGGAUUUGGACGAUGACCAGCAGGAGGGUGAUGGAAGUGAUCCAGGUCGGAAAGCAGAGUACACACAAGUAAUGCAUACAAGUAUCGACAUGUCCGAUUGUCCCAUUUGUCGUUUUUUUUUUCAGUUUUACUUUAGUGUCACUCAUAUGCCAGUUACAAAAAUCAACGUCAGAAAUGUUAAUAAAAUACGUUUUGCUGCAAAAGUUCAAUAAUGUUGCUUGAAUUAAAUUAACAGCGUCUGAGACGACCCAGCUCGCAAAAAUGCAAAAUGGUUCAUUCCAUCUGGUAGGACUCCUGAACAGUAAAGGUUGCUUUUGCGAAGCCGCUCAUUCACAAUUUAAGGAUAGAUUACAGUUUGUGUAUGGGGCCC